AUGCGAUACUCCACAGACUAUAGUAUAGCCCGUGGGAAGCCUGCCUCGGGGCUUUACUAUAGUAUGAUCUCCAUCUCGCUUCUGCUCGCUGAGCAUCGGCCCCCGCCGCCCCUCUUCAGCUCGUUUCCAGCCCCGCUAACCCUAAACCCUAACCCCUCGGCCCCGGUCUGCAGCCCCGGCGCCACGCGGGACAAGCCGGCCCGUCGGCAUUAUGACGACACGUCUGCAUGCUGCGUAUUGUCGCAGCAACUCCCAGCCCCAGCCAGCCCCCUCGGCCCCGGUCUGCGGGACAAGGCACCCCGCGACCGGCCUCUACCGACGGGGGCAGGAGGACGCGUACUCUCCAUGCAGAAGCCGAGUAGCUGGAAUCAGUUCAUGAAGACUAAAAAGGCAAGAGCUACCUUUCAAGGCCGUCACCGAGGAGUGAAGUAUUCUCCCGCUAUGGGUAGCGUCUCUGUGCUGUGGAAACAGCUAACUCGCGAGCAGCAAGAAGCCUUCAAGCAACCAGUACAAGCUACUACUGAUGGAGAUAUUGAAGGGGGGCAGGACGAACCGAAUGCAAACAAGAUUGGUGAAGAUGACAAUGAUGUGGAUGAUGAAGUAGUUGGCAGUGGGAAUCAGGUUGGUACACGUCGACCAAUAUCACUCAAAGUUGCAGCGACUGAAGUUGAGAACUUCAUGGACGACUGGGACGCAAAGGCAAUGCAUAUUGCCACUACUUUCAGCUGCGAACUCUUUGUAUUUGCUGUCUCAAAGUUCCUUGGACGACAUUCUUUUCAGUUUAUACGGAGUACCCCAGGGGCAACCGACUUUGUCCAAGGAGCCAAAAGGGUCGACGGACCACGGAGCUAUGCUGCACGGAUGCAGUCCUACCUCACAGGUUACCAGGUCAGCGACAUUGCUGCUGCAAUCGCUCAGAUAAACAAUAAUUGCAAGCAGAAUGGCCAGUCGGGUGAAUCAGGUGGAAAAGAUCAAAAAGGAGCCUUUUCUCCUGAUCGUCCGGUCUCCGCCGUUUUAAGAAUGUCUGAGUUGAUUAAGGAGAAGACCGACGGUGUUAUCACACAAUGGCCCUGGACCAAAACCGAUUAUAAUCUUGCUCAGCUCACGUACCGAUUGGUCUUGGACCCCGCUGCAAAGAUUGAUGUCAAUUGGCUCAAGAGACCAAGUCGAGGGCUCGGUCCCAAGCGCUCAGCUGCGCUCCACCUGGCCCUUGACAAACAGCUUAUUGAUAUUGUUUUUGACCCAUCAAUUCCUGACAAAGUCUUUCCGGAAUCAUACGACACUCCUGGACCUUCUCCAUCACCUAGUGCAUCACCGCAACCGAGUCCGCUUGGCCCAACUACACCUUGUGAUGUUUUUCCUUCUCUGCCCACUGAGUUGAUCUUUGUGUACCAUACCCAUGGCCUUGACACCUUGAAUGAUGAUGACAACCACUCUGGUGAAGAUAUCUCUGCCGGGGGGUUUGAAAAGGCCAUUGGCAACUCCAACCACUCUGAUCAAAAUAGUGACCCGUCAUUCAAUGACGGCGAGGAGGAUGACAAGUAUGUUGAUGAUUUUGAUGAGGAUUUUGAUCAUAACAAUGACCACUAUGGCUGCUCCUCAUCAUAA